AUGUCGGAUACUAUGGAUCCCGCGCACGAUGCGCCAGCUGGCUUGUCUCCCGCCGGCGAGCGACCCCAGGCCUCCGAGACCAUUUCAGAUGAGCUACAAGCUCGUCUGGAUAAGGUCAUUUACUCCGAUAUUGGAAUUACCACCCUUUUGACCCGACUCAAGCAAAGCGUGGCCUCCGCCAGGGAUUUCUCAACUUUCUUGAAGAAGCGAGGAUCGCUAGAAGAAGAGCAUGCUCAGGGGCUGCGAAAGCUGUCUCGCGUGAUCAGUGAUGCGUCGCAACGGACCGAGAACCGACAAGGGACAUAUGGCUCGAGUUACAAGGACAUUCACCGUAUCCAGGAACGCAUGGUCGACCACGGCCUCCAAUUUGCCGUUUCCCUGCAACAAAUGGCCGACGACUUGCAUGAGCUGGCCGGGAACAUCGAGCGCGGUCGCAAGCAAUGGAAACAGACCGGUCUAGCCGCAGAGAAGAAGGCCGUCGAUGCCGAGUCCUCGGCGGAGAAGGCCAAGGCGAAGUACGAGUCGCUUGCCGAGCAGUAUGACCGCGUCCGCACAGGUGACAAGCAGGGUGGAAAGUUCGGUCUCAAGGGCCACAAGUCUGCAGCGCAACAUGAGGAGGAGCUCUUGCGCAAGGUGCAAAAUGCCGACAGUGACUAUGCGUCCAAGGUGCAGACUGCGCAGGCCGCGCGCCAGGAGCUCAUCUCUACCAACAGACCGCAGGCUGUGCUGAACCUGCAACAACUCAUCUCUGAGUGCGACUCUGGAUUGACUAUGCAGCAGCAGAAGUUUGCUACCUUCAGCGAGAAGCUUCUUCUCGGCCAAGGCCUUUGCGUCAGCCCUAUGAAGACUGACGAUGGCUCUGUUGGACCCAAGAGCCUUGCCCAGGUCGUGCGACAAGUCGACAACCAGAAGGACCUCCACGAGUUCAUUCUCAGCCAUGAAGGAAACCCUGGAGCCAUCGCUUCAGAGCAGAUCCAAUAUGCGCGCCACCCGGUAUGUCGCCACAUCCUUAAAUUGACCCAAUUCCUCCAAUCCCUUUGCUUACCCAUUGGCCAGACCCUUGGUGGUGCGAGUGCGACUGGGCCCGCCGUGGCCGCGGCACCGGCACCCUCGCAACCCGAGCCUCAGAAUAAGCGUAUCUCGAUUAUGCCGCAGGCUUUCUCUUCCCAGCAUAACCUCCCCUCGGCCGGACCUCAGCAACCGGCGCCUGGGGACCGGUUGCCGCAAUCACCCUACCCCCCCGAGAAGACGUUCACUCCGCCCCCGGCGGGCUCUGCGCCUCCAUAUCCUGUCUCAAACCCACCUGCCCCUGAAGCUCCUCCAAAAAUCCAGGUGCCAAUGGCAGGACCUAACGCAAGUGAUAAGAACUUCCAGGCUAAUCUACCACCCCUCAAGCCAGUGUUUGGUAUCUCGUUGAACGAUCUGUAUGCUCGAGAUGGGACUGCAGUUCCUUUCAUCGUGUACCAAUGCUUCCAAGCCGUUGAGCUAUUUGGCCUGACUAUGGAGGGUAUCUACCGACUCUCGGGCAGUGCCACCCAUAUCAGUCACAUGAAGGCUGUUUUCGAUAACGACUCUUCACAGGUCGACUUCACAAACCCAGAGAACUUCUAUCACGACGUCAACAGUGUUGCAGGACUCGCGAAGCAAUUCUUCCGGGAUCUUCCUGACCCCUUGUUCACUACAGAGUACUACACCCAGUUCAUCGAUGCUGCCCGAUUUGACGAUGAUAUCCAACGCCGAGACUCACUGCACGCCCUCAUUAACAGCCUGCCUGAUGCCCACUAUGCAACCCUCCGCGCCAUCAUCUUGCAUUUGAACAAGAUCCAAGAACACUACACCCAGAACCGCAUGAACGCCGGCAAUCUGGCAAUCUGCUUUGGACCAACUCUCAUGGGCGCCAAUUCCGGUGGUAACAUUGCCGACGCCGGCUGGCAGGUCCGAGUCAUUGAGACAAUUUUGAACAACACCUUCCAAAUCUUCGAUGACGAUUAG